AUGAAACAUUACGACGGGUACUACCAAAAUUUUAGCCAUAUAUCACCAGUAAAGUUGGUGAGCAGUGUAUCGGACCAGAACGUUUACUUAACUUAUGUAUGCCUGAUCAAUGAAGUAAGACAAUUAACUGGAAAUGAUGUGAAUUCACCGAACCAAGACCGAUCGUUACAUGUUGAUGCUGAUGAACUUAUUGAAGACCAGCCAAUUCAAGUAGAAAGAUCAAAAGCAUUACACGAACUCGUCGAAUCUCAAAAACACAAUGACUCUAAAGUAGAACAUGAAGUACAACGAAAGCCCAACACGAUCAAAUUUGAAGAAGACCUUGAAUUAUCAGAUAGUGAUGAAUUUGAUCAGUAUGUAAAUCCAAAGAAACUAAAAUUAACAAAAAUGAGGUGGCUCACCGAACAACGAGAAGGUUCUAUAGAUUCCAGUUCGCCAUCACUUUCACCUGUCAAUUCUUCAACAUCAACAUGUAGUAGGGAAUCAGAUGACAAUAUUAAUCAUAAAGUUAGCUUUGGAGAAAAAUGUUUAUCGACAAUACUCAAGUUAGAUAGGGAACACAACAUGUUUGGUUUAUCAAACAUAGCCAUCGUUGGUAAAAAGACAUCGAAAAAGAUGCGAAAGGAAGACAAACCGGCGUUCCCUCAGACUGCAAUUAUUCAGAUAUGCUGUGUAAAGGGUUGCUGUAGACAUAAGUGCGGCGGCUGCCAUCAUUGCUUAGAUCCGUGUUGUCCAAUUUGCGUUGGACCAUGUGGACCACCGUGUAAGUCGCCGUGUGGACCUCCAUGUAGGACGCCGUGUAGACAACCAUGUGAUAUACCACCAUGUCCAUCGCUGGUAAAUGGAGUUGACGCCACGUUCAAGUUGCAUUUUACAAAAGCCAAUGGCUGCCCGAUUGUGCCACCAUUUACCACAGUGCAUUCCCCCGUCAUCCUGCUUUCCGUACCUAAUGCCAUGCUACUGGCCAGCUCGGGCCGGUGCUCCUUGCAACCAUCCAUCGCGAUGUUUCCACAAUCCACCAUGUCGUCCACCGAGAAAGAAAAA